UUUAUUUCUCUUCUCCCACGAGCUCGCACUGCACACUCACUCACUCACACACACUGUCGCCUUCCGAGGAAUAUCAUACAAAGUUUCAGAGCCAUACAGUGAUCAUGCUGGAAGAAUAGACCCGCCUGACAUCGCUUUGAUUUGUAGCGCGAGCGCCGUAAACGCUUCUGACUGAGCGAGACGGGUCACAUCUACCGAGAGCAGGAGUCAGGGGUCCCUGGUUCGAGCAUAGGUUGGGGCAAGGAGAGGGACGGAAGCAAUACUGUUACAUUGGUGCCGUACCUCGAUCACUCAGUUGGGUUCUGCCCAGCUGCUGGGUUUGCUGUGGACAAGGACGAGGUCAAAGGGGGACUCAGGAUGGCUCUGGAUGUUGGUGGCCUGGUGGCGGUGGUGGUCUUCUAUGUCCUGAUCCUGGCCAUAGGGAUCUGGGCCUCCAGGAAGUCCAAGAAGGAGGAGGAGAAAUGUGUAGGCAGCAAGAGUGAAGUCACCAUGAUAGGAGGACGCAAUAUCAACGUUUUGGUGGGGGUUUUCACUAUGACAGCGACGUGGGUUGGAGGGGGCUACAUCAUGGGCACUGCAGAGGCUGUCUACUCUCCCUCUCAAGGUCUCAUCUGGGCUUUGGGGCCCCUGGCUUAUCUUAUCACCUUCAUAUUGGCAGGGCUAUUUUUUGCUAAGCCAAUGAGAUCACAGUGCUACGUGACGAUGAUGGACCCGUUUCAGCGUCGUUAUGGAAACUCGGUCACCAUGGCGUUGCUGCUUCCCGCACUGAUUAGUGACGUGCUCUGGGUGGCCUGCAUCCUCGCUGCCCUGGGAGGGACGAUGAGUGUGAUUCUGGGCUUGUCCUCGUCCUACUCCAUUGUUCUGUCUGCAGCAGUAGCUAUCACCUACACACUGAUGGGAGGGCUCUACUCUGUGGCCUACACAGACAUCAUACAACUCUUUGUCAUCUUCAUCUCUCUGUGGCUCUGCGUUCCCUUUCUGGUUCUCAACCCAGCAUCCUCGGAGGUCACACUCGCAGCCUUUUUCAACCAAUCACAGCAGGCGCCCUUGAUGGGCGAACUGAAGUUGGAACAUGCUGGGAAAUGGAUAGAUGAGCUGCUUUUAUUGGCAGAGCAGGCAACAGAUGGCACACAGACAGCAGAGUUGGGGACAGAUAUGCAGGGGCAGACUGGCAGAGACAGGGAGUCUCAGGCAUUGGGAGGCCUGUCCUACCAGGCUCUGUAUCAGCGUAUCCUCUCUGCAGCAUCGUCCACUCAGGCUCAGGUCACCUGCUUCGCUGCAUCCGGAAUAGUUGUCAUCAUGGGAGUACCCUCGGUCAUCAUAGGAGCAGUGGCAGCCUCCACAGACUGGAACCAGACGGCGUACGGCCUACCCUCUCCGUUUGCCCGUGGGGAGGCAGGCAAGGUGCUGCCUCUGGCCCUGCACUACCUCACCCCUCCCUGGGUGUCUGUGGUGGGCAUCGGGGCCGUGGCUGCAGCUGUCAUGUCCUCCAUGGACUCUGUCCUCCUCUCCUCCGCAUCCAUGUUCACUCACAACAUCUACAAGGGCACACUCAAGGCACAGGCGUCGGACAGGGAGUGUGUGUGGGUGAUCCGUGCCAGUGUGUUGCUGGUGGGUCUGGCUGGUGCAGGCCUGGCGUUUGCUGAGGACAGUGUGUUUGCCUUCUGGCUGAUGAGUGGAGACCUCAUCUACUGCCUGGUCUUCCCCCAGCUGAUCUGUGUUCUUCACUGCCGCUGUGCUAAUGGCUACGGUGCUACCGCUGGUUACCUUGUGGCAGUCACUCUGAGGCUGCUGAGUGGAGAGCCUCUCCUCCGGCUUCCAACGGCCCUCCUGUUCCCUGGUUGGAGGGAGGAGGGAGGAGUCAUCCGCCAGUACUUCCCCUUCAGGACUCUGGUGAUGUUGGUGUCUCUGGUGUGUAUCCCCCUAGCCUCCAGCCUGGCCACCCUGGCCUUCAGCCACCGCCUACUGCCCCGCUCCUGGGACCUGCUGGCCGCACUGGGGGAGGAGGAGAGGGGGAAGGAGGGUGAUGACGGGAAACCUGCCGUCACCGAAAAGCUCCUGGCCAUCUCUAGCACCAGCUGCUAGAGCCAAGGGAUAAUGAGUACUGAAUAACUGUUCUGUUAUUGUGACUGUCUAAGCGAUUAUUGUGUAUUUGGUAUAGGGUCAAGGGUCAUAGUUAGCUUUAAUCUCUGGAAAGAUUUUCAGUUGUAUGUUUUCCUGCAUCUUCAUUGUGUAAUCUCUCUCUACCAUGUAUGUAUAGGCUACUCUGUUUUUCUUCAGAGUAGCCUAUAGCUAAAAUCCCACCAUAGAAACGUGGAGGCAAUUAUUUUUUAUAAAGACUUCCUCAUUAUG